UUUAUCUCGUUCUACCUUUGCGCAGGAAUUUGUAAGAAUGCUACAAACCAAGUCUUGGGCAGCACAAGGUGCCGGUGUCGGAAGGGCUUUUUCUGCAAGGUUGGGCUGCCCCACGCUCGGGAGAACUAGCCCCUUGCUGUCGACGACGAAGGCUUCCACUACGUAUACAAGUUCUGGUACCUAUGGGCUUGCGAGCUCAAGCUCGGGAUUCGCGCGCGUGGGCCAACUUCCGCGGUGGGCGUGCCGGGCGACAGUGGACCCGAUUCCCGCGGGGCUACAGAUUGAGGUGAAGGAGGAGGAUGGCACCAAGGAGGUGGACUAUGACGAGGAGAAGAAGGUGGUGCGCAUCCCGCUGUCCGCGAUGGGAGACGGCGCGCGGCGCUCCAAACUGGUGCUCUUCACCUGCAACAAAUGCGGCGGCCGCUCAGCGCGGCUGGUCAACCCGGUGGCGUGGGAGAAGGGCGUGGUGUUCGGGCAGUGCAGCAAGUGCAGCGUGUGGCACGUGCUCCAAGCCAACAACAAGAAAAUAUACGAGGAGGUGCGCUAUAAUGAGGACCCGGAGUAUGCGGACAAGGACGGGCUUGACGCUGCCAAGGCAGAGGAGCUGCUCAAGCAGGCGGUGGCGGCGGAGGCGGCGGAGCCGAACAAGCAGUAAUGCUUCCAGACAUUUGUACACUAGUAGCUAGGUAGCCACGGCCAUGCCGUAGCUAAGUUGGUUCAGGAGUGCGGGAGCUCGUGCACCAUGCACGCGUGAGCUGCACCGGAUGGAGACUGAGCAGGCGGUAAAGCAUCUGGUGGGCUUCUGCCGGUUGAAGCACUAUGAGCAUGGCAGGGGAACGGCGUUAAGAGACGUUGCCACUGCUGUUUUGUAGAGCUAGGGAGGAAGAUGCAGAGACCUCGUAUGCAAUGCAGUGUGGUUGAGGGCGAUAAACAUGUCUGCGUGGAAAGCCCAGCGAAGGUCCGAAGGCACAAGGGUAUGAUGCAGGUCUGAGGAGGGGCAAGAAUGUGUCCACACGUGGAACUUCGCACGCGCAGAGCUAGCAGCUCCCGCUCAAGAUUUAUGACGUACAAGGACGCUAAAUUCUGGCUCCGGUCGCAUUUUGCGAGGGUGGCUGCUACCACGUUUCGCAAAGCAUGCUUUCAUGGACAUGGAGCACAGCGGUCUGCCCGAGGACUUGGCCUAGGAGGUGGAGCGGCUGGUGGCCCGAGCGGUAGACCGGAAACUGACUUUGGACUCCACUGAGCAGCACCUGACGGUUAUCCCAACAACACUGCUCUAUGGCCACCCACGGCUGGGGGGUUGGAGCGCUACAGUGCCCUCCACGGGUGCGACAUGCCCCCACGGUAUUAGGGCCAUCCGUGGCUCUCGCCAACGCCGCGUCCCCACACGCCGAAGCAAUGUGUUGAGGUUGCGCCUUGGACAAACGACCACUCAGGACGUGUAUCAUUCCGUAUGAGGCUCACAGAGGCUUGAUGAGAUUCCGCAUGUGUUGCUGGCCUCUAUCUGCAAAUAGGAACCAGCAUUUGCCGAGAAGUGAGAGGCGCUGUUACUGCUGCAAUCAUGGCGUUGAGGAUGAACGGCACGUACUCCUUGAGUGUGAGGCUUACGCUGACAUAAGAGAAAGGUACGGACUUCCAAUAUGCAACAGAUCAUGAAUGCUUCUGAUCAAAACAUGCUAGCAUGCUGUCUUAGUGAUAUCUGGGCUAGACGUAACAAGCUUCUGAGGUUGAGAGAUUCUGCCUUGCGUGUGCAUGAAGCUCACAACAAUGCUAACAGGAGAGACGAGGAGCCCUUGCGGCUCGGUUAGUCUCGUUACAGGUUCAGGAAUGCACACUUCCAACCCUGUAACACAUCAUCACA